GGAGGGAGAUGACAAAACCUGUAAGGCAGGCCUGUUACGUGACGAUUAACGUAAAAGAAGUCUCUGGUCGGGAAUUCACGAAGCCUUCAAGAGGAAACAACUGAAAAACAUUCUCAUGACUUGUGUACGGUGGAUAUUUAUGUGAUAGAGAGCACCGAGUCGAAAGACACAGGUAGGCUUUCACAAACCGUGACGUCUCACAAACAAUUAUGUUUUGAUAGUCAAUGACUACAGUAUACAUAAAAAAAAAAAUCCUGGUCCGCUACAGAAAUAAAGAAUGAGUCAAUGGAAACAAAUUCAACAGCUCGAGUUCAAAUACCUGGAGCAGGUGGAUUACCUUUAUGAUGACAACUUCCCCAUGGGGAUUCGGCAGGUGCUUUCUGACUGGAUUGAAAGCCAGGACUGGGAUAUGGCCGCACACCAUGAGUCCAUGGCGACAGUUCUCCUCAGCAAUCUCCUGUCUCAGUUGGACAGGCAGUGUUCUCAGGAACAGAACUUCCUACAAAGACACAACCUGAAGAACAUCAACAAGCAGUUACAGAUCAAAUACAAAGCCUACCCUCUGCUCAUGGCCGGGGUCAUCUCCACUAGCCUCAGAGAGGAGCGUCGUAUCAUCGCCUCAGCCAACAUACCGGAACAGGGCCCGUUGGAGAAAUCUGUACAGAAUUCCGUGGCCUUCGAGAGACAGAAGAACAUGGACAACAGGGUGGUCAUAAUCAGGAGUAGUGUGCAGACGCUGGACCCGGCAGUGAAAUGUCUAGAGGACAUGCAAGAUGACUUUGACUUACGCUUCAAAACUAUCCAGUCUCGAGAUCCGGCGGACAGGAACACAGAGGGGAUGGAACAGGAAGUGACCCGACUGCAGGAGUUUCUCAACAACCUGGACUUUAAGAGGAAGGAGAUCCUGUCUAAAAUGAGUGACAUGAUAAAAGAGAUUGACGCUCUGAUAGCCUCCCAGCUGAACCCAGAGCUGAUGGAGUGGAAACGCAGGCAGCAGAUCAACUGUAUAGGUGGCCCACUGCUCACUGGACUGGACCAGCUCCAGAACUGGUUUACUCUGACGGCCCAGAGUCUGUUCCAGAUGAAACGUCAGCUGGACAAACUGGGAGAACUUAUCCUGAAGGUGACCUAUGCGAGCGACCCCAUCUCCUUGCAGAGACCGCAGCUGGAGGAGCAGGUCAAAUACCUCAUCGACCACCUCAUCAAAAGCUCAUUUGUGGUGGAGAAGCAGCCAUGGAUGCCAACCCACCCCCAGAAACCUCUCAUCAUCAAGACCGGGGUGCAGUUCACCACCAAAGUCAGAUUGCUGGUCAAACUCCCAGAGGUGGAUUAUCAACUGAAAGUGAAGACGAUAUUUGACAAGUACCUCCCCCCUGGCAGAGUACAUCGUCAGUUCUUCAUCCUGACUUCCACCACCAAAGUAAUGGACGUGGAGGAAUCAUCAAAUGGCUGUCUAUCUGUAGAGUUCAGACAUUUGCAGCUGAAAGAGAAGAAAUAUGUUAACGGUACAAAGGUGAACGAGGGUCCUCUCUCUGUGACGGAGGAGCUCCACUCCCUCAGCUUCGAGGCCCAGUUCAACAUACAGGGCAUUAACAUCGACCUGGAGACCUGCUCUUUUCCUCUGGUGGUCAUCUCUAAUGUUAGCCAGCUGACUGGAGGCUGGGCCUCGAUCAUGUGGUACAACAUGCUGACUGACGAACCCAGGAACCUAGACUUCUUUGCCAGUCCUCCGCGGGCCAGUUGGGGCCAGCUCUCUGAAGUGCUGAGUUGGCAGUUCUCGACUUUCACUGGGCGGGGCCUCAACAGGGAGCAGCUGUGCAUGCUGGGAGAGAAACUCAUGGGUCAGCAAGCCUCUCACAAUGAAUGUCAGGUAUCCUGGUCCAAAUUCUGCAAGGAGAAUAUUCCUGGGAAGCCUUUCAGUUUUUGGAUGUGGCUGGAUUUCAUCCUGGAGCUCAUCAAGAAGCACCUGCUUCCCAUCUGGAACGACAACUGCAUCAUGGGCUUUGUCAGUAAGGAGACAGAGAGGGCCUGUUUGAAGGACAAGGAGCCUGGGACAUUCCUGCUGCGCUUCAGUGAGAGCCACCUGGGUGGGAUCACUUUCACCUGGGUGAAGCAGUCCGACAGUGGAGAGGCUAAAUUAAUCUCGGUGGAGCCGUACACCAAAUCACGCCUCAGCGCUCUCCCGUUCGCCAACAUCAUCCGGGACUACAAGGUCAUCGCAGACGGAGAGGUCCCUGAGAACCCGCUCAAGUUCCUCUACCCCGGCAUCCCCAAAGACGAGUCCUUCAGACGACAUUACAACAGUCAGCAGAGCAAAGUCUUUCCAUAUAUAUCAUCUACAUGGAUUCCCAUCUCCACUUUGCAAUGAGUUCUCCGUACUCCGAGUAACACAAGAUGACCUGCAGAGUAUGCCAAGUAUACGACUUGUAUGCCAAGUAUACGACUCGUGUUCCACUGAGGGUCACUGGAUGUGGCAUUUUCUCUUACAUCUGAUCACAAUAUAUUGCUCUUCUAUCCAACUGCUAGUAUUGUCUUUGAGCCCAUUGUCAUGAAUACAAACGUAUAAUGUUGGAAGUGUAAAGUAGAUAUUACAUGCAGUGGUAUAUCACUUCUCAUAAAAUAUGUAUUUAAUUGUGUGUAUUAUGAAAUGUCUUGUAUUAUGUGGCACUAAUGUUAGCCUAUUGUUGGACUAUAUGUCUUAAACUUCUCUAUCACGAACCAAGGUUUGGACAAAGAAUAAAUGUUUAUUAUCCCAUUCUUUUUCAUUAGUUUAGUUUAGCUACCAAUUUGAUAUUUUUGCACUAAGAGCCCAAGGCCUCUCGAGUAGAAAAAGGGUUAACUACAUAUGAUUUCUCCUAUUGUCUUUACUACUGAGUAGAAUAUAACCUAUAGAUAGCCAUGAUCAACAGUCAGAGGAUGGAUAAAAUAUUGUACUGGACAAAGCAAUAUUUUUUUCAUCAGCUUUUCUCUCCUUGAAUAUGUGGAAUAGUAAUUUGUUUUUAUUAAUUGACUAAUGACUGUUUAUCAGAUUGUAACCCAGGGUUAGAUUACUAAUUUUGCUGUCUAAAAUUUAACACGUAAACAAAUUCCCAAGUAAGAUUUUUGUUUUUUUUGUCAUGCUCUUCAGAAGCGCAACGUUUCCUCAUGUUGAAAUAUUUCGUGAAUGAUUCAAAUGCAGAUGUGCCGAUUCAUAUGUCAAUACCCGAUUCUCAUUUUCUCUUGGCAUUUUUUUGAUCUGCUACAUUGUUGGCAUCAUGUGGCUACUGUACCUCCUAUUGUAGUAAAAUGGGAAAGCACCUUGGGCUGUCCAUUUAGGUUACUGUUUUGCCUUGAAGGAAGAGGUUGCUUCCUUAUUUCACUGAUCAGCGGCGCUACAGUAGUUUCUGUCAAGUGUAAACACUAAUUUACAGGCUUUAUUCGCAAGAUAGUUUUAUUUAUAAAAAAAAUA